GGCUGGGGCGGCGCUGGCUGCACCUCGCUUGAGCGGCGCCAUCUGGGUUUAUGCAGCGCGGCGGCCCCGGAGCAGAGUGGAGCGAGCCCGCCGCGCCCCCCGGGCCAGCGCAGCCCGGUCCGGCCCCGCGAGCCGACAUGGGCCUCGCCUGCCGCCUCUCCGCGCUCGGGCUGCUGCUGAGCGCCCUGCUGGUAUGCACCCGCUCUCAAGAUCGUGAGUCUGUGUUUGCCAUUGUGGGAGAAGAUUUUACUUUUUCACCAAAAGUAAACGGAACUAUAAGAGAAAUUACCUGGAUGAAAAACAAAGAUAAAGCGGCUGAAUGGGAACAUGAUACUAAGUCACCUGUGUAUUAUUAUAGCUUAGCAGAAAGAGGAGUGCUUGAGACAUCGUCUGGCAAUUUGACCAUCAAAAAGUUAAACAUUGGUGAUACUGCAGAGUAUGAGGCACAAGUUCUGCCUGUUGGCGUUGACCAGCUCCAAUACACAAAAUUUGUACUUGCCGUAUUGGCUCCUCCUCCACCAUCAGCAUUAAAUUGCAGCGUCACUAAUGGUCAGAUUAGAAUAUCAUGUGAGAUACAGUUCUCAAAGGAUGUGCGCUACAGUUGGUAUCGGGAUGACAGAAAAAUUGACGCUAAUAGUCCUGUUCUCGAACUUAAAGAAAAUGUCAACCCUUCAGAGAAAGUUUUGUGUGUCAGAGAAGUCUCCAAAACAAAAAUCAACAACUCAAUCUCUCUGAGCACAUGUAUCCCAGAAAGUCCUGAAAGUCUUUCAAGGGGUAGAGCUGGUUUAAUAGCAUUUUUUGUUCUUCUUCUUCUUCUCCUUCUAUUCGUGGGAGCACUCGUCGUUCUGUGGAAAAGAGGUUUGUUUGCCAACAUUCACCGUCGGAUAUCCAGAAAGCAUGCAGGUUACACACCUGCAGAUCCUGAAUGUAAAAAUCCAGUUGAUUUUGAAGUUGCAGGUCAUCAAUCAGGUGAAGCAGCAAAGUUGGAGGAGAUACAACAAGAUGUACCAGUGAGCCUCCAAGACAGUAACGAAAGCCAAGCUGAGAAAGGAAGUCACAAGAAAGAGGGAAAUUUAUUCCACACAUGGACGAAAAAAAUUAGAGGGAACAUUGAUCGGGUCAGAUCGGGCCGGACACACAAGACAGGUUACACACCUGCAGAUCCUGAAUGUAAAAAUCCAGUUGAUUUUGAAGUUGCAGGUCAUCAAUCAGAUGAAGAGAAGAGCUCAAAAGAGACUAAAUCAAUGAACCAGUCUGACCUUCCCUCCAGUCAAGAGAAAACAGAGGAAGAGAAGAAGUCAAAAGAGACUGAAUCAACAAGCCAGGCUGACAAUUCCUCCAAUCAAGAGAAAACAGGUGAAGCAGCAAAGUUGGAGGAGAUACAACAAGAUGUACCAGUGAGCCUCCAAGACAGUAACGAAAGCCAAGCUGAGAAAGGAAGCCACAAGAAAGAGGGAAAUUUAUUCCACACAUGGACGAAAAAAAUUAGAGGGAACAUUGAUCGGGUCAGAUCGGGCCGGACACACAAGACAGAUGAAGAGAAGAGCUCAAAAGAGACUAAAUCAAUGAACCAGUCUGACCUUCCCUCCAGUCAAGAGAAAACAGAGGAAGAGAAGAAGUCAAAAGAGACUGAAUCAACGAGCCAGGCUGACAAUUCCUCCAAUCAAGAGAAAACAGGUGAAGCAGCAAAGUCGGAGGAGAAAAAACAAGGAGUGCGAAUGAGCCUCCAAGACAGUAACGAAAGCCAAGCUGAGGAAGGUGAAGCAGCAAAGUCGGAGGAGAUACAACAAGGUGUGCGAACGAGCCUCCAAGACAGUAACGAAAGCCAAGCUGAGAAAGAGGAGGAGAAGAACUCAGAAGAGACUUUAUCAACGAGCCAGGCUGACAACUCCUCCAAUGAAGAGAAUCCAGACUAUGAAAAUAUCUCAAAGGAGACUCAGAAGCCAGAGGAAGAGAAGAACUCGAGCCUAAAUCAAUGAACCUGCCUGACCCUCGCUCCAAUCAAGAGAAUCCAGAUCUUAAACUGGAAAGUGAGACAGACUAACAACGCUAUGGACUAAACUCCAUUGCGGAGUGACAAAAGACCCUGGGAGAAGAAAUAUCUUGUGGCUGUCGUCCACGAGUGCUGGAGUUCUCCCUAACAGAUGUGUUUUGAAGAUUCAUUUAUUUGUUCUCAAGCUUCAUUGACUAUCACGGUUGGAAGAGACGGCAGAAGAUCAUCUAGUCCAACCCCGUGCUCAAAGCAGGACCCAUCCCCAAAUCGCCCACUCAAGGAUUGAGCUCACAACCCUGGGUUCAGCAGGCCAAUGCUCAAACCACUGAACUAUCCCUUCCACCAAUGCCCACUUUUAUCUUUCCAGGUCAGAUGUCCUCUUUCUUCGAUGUCAGUUAUUUUGAAAAUGGACAGAGUGAGUCAAGGAGCAAAUCCUUUUGCAUCCGUGCUCCUUUUUGUACUUUUGUUUUACAAGCAAGCGAACAUGAAACAUAGGAUCCAGGUUUAUUUAUGUCAAUAUUUCCAGAUAUUAACUAACACAAGUGAAUGUGGACAAAUCAAAAACGAAUGGACAUGAUAUAAAACUCUAACUGUAACAUUAUUUAAAUUCAGAAGAGAAGAGCGUUCAGAAGGGCAACUCUCAUUUUCUCCGCCUCCCUAUCUGAAAGAAAAGGCCAUAACAACACUGUCCAUGCAUAGAUCAGCAACAGCUUUCCUGGCUCUUGUUUCUAUCUGUCCUUCCAGAAAGCACCACCAUCACCACCAAAUUCUGAUUUUUUUUUUGAAUAGCAAAAGGCAGGCACACCUUCUUGCUCAAUGGAGAUGGUAUCAACUCCGCUAUGUACUCUAGCCCAGCGGUUCUCAAACUGUCGGUUGGGUUCAGAAGUGGGUCACGACCCUGUUUUAAUGGGGUCGCCAGGGCUGGCGUUAGACUUGCUGGGGCCCAGGGCUGAAGCCAAAGUCUGCGCCCCUCCCCCCAGGAGUGGGGCUGAAGCCAAAGCCCGAGGGCUGAAGCCCUGGGCAGCAGGGCUCAAGUUACAGUGUCUCUCCCCCCACCCCACACACACACCCAAGGAGGCAGGGCUCAGGCUUCGGUUUUUGUUGUCAGAAGGGGGUCGCAGUGCAAUGACGUUUGAGAACCCCUGUUAGCCAAACAAUGUAUCCUCAGAUUCUAGGGUAAGUGUCGAGCAAUUGCAUCUGUGGCACCCACAAUUGUGUCAAAACAGCUGAUUUAAAAGCAUCAGCACAGACACUUCAUUCACUAUCAGAAGGAGAUUAUCAACCGAUGAAAUCACUACAGUCUCUGUGCCAAACCCAGGUCUCAAACUGGUGUGACCAGAGUCAAGGCAAUUGGAGGACUCCAUCUCCUCUAUAUAUGUUCCACUCUAUAUGCAUCCGAAGAAGUGGGAUGUAGCCCACGAAAGCUUAUGCUCUAAUAAAUUUGUUAGUCUCUAAGGUGCCACAAGUACUCCUGUUCUUUUUUCCCUCUGUAAUCUUCUUCCCAAAGAAGGAAACCAUUAACAGUCACUUUCUUAAGAAAUAGUGGCACCCACUUGCAUUGGUCCCUCCAACUGGAUGUUGUGCAAAAAGUAAAGAAACAGCAACUGACCAGGAGAAAUGCAUUCCAUUUUUAAUAUUGUUUCAUUUUAUUACUCUAAAAUGUUUUUAGUAACACCGAUAAAGAAUUUUUAUAAAUAAGGCCAGAUUUAUUGGUAUGUUCCAGCUGCUUUGCAUUAUAGCCCAUGAGCUUUAACUUGACAACGAACCAAAUUAGUGUCCAAAUUGAUAUGAUAUUGAAGUCAUAAGAGAAAGUCAAACUCAUAGUGCAAACCUAGGUUAUCCUUUCCUAUAAGCAAGACUUUCAACUGCUAACGUUCUAGGAAAAGUACACAUCUUACCUUUCAUGCCAUUAGGGUGCCCAAGUUUAAUAACGAGAUUGUUUGAUGCACUCCUUUGUGAUUAUAGAGCUGGUUACUUACUUAAUGCUCACCCAUUUUUGCACGACACUUGAAAAUCUAAAGAUGCUAUACAGGAAUUCGAUAUUAUCCCCCUUUUACAGAUGGGAAAAGAGAGGCAAAAAAGUUAAAAUUCUGUAUUUUCCAAAGAUCCCACAAAUUUAGGGUGCCCUUUUGAGAUACGUGGGGCUUAGUAUUUCAGACAUGCUGAGCACCCACAGCUCUCACUUCAGCAUCUCUGCAAGUCAGGGCUUUGAUGUAUGAAGUUAGGGACCCAAAAAAUCUACAUACUUUUGGGCAGUGGUUCUCAAACUUUUUUUUUUUUUUCCCCACAGACCACUUGUUAAUUGCUGAGGGUCUCGGCAGACCACUUAAUGAUCUUUCCAAAUGUUGUUUGUACCAUUAGCUAACUGUUGUAAAGUGCUUUGGCUAAAAGAACUAUAUAAAAAAAAUUAGUAAGGUGUUUUUUUGUGCUACAAAUAAAAGCACACAACUCAUAUUUUAAUAUCAGUAGUCUUUUACCUUUCUAAUGCAAUGGAUGUGCCCUCUCGCCCUCAAGCUGGGGCUGGGAAGGAGGGCCGCCUCUCCUGGCAGCCGAAGCCCUGGAGCUGGGGAAAGUUGCCUCUUUCUCUGGCCGCUGCAGCCCUACACGUCCCAAAUUCCCCCCACUCCUCUUCUCACCCCACUGCCCCCUCCCACCUACCCCUAUUCCCCACAAGGCCACCACAUCACCUUACAUGUGCGUCUUCUCCAGGGUCUCAGGCACCCAAUUAGCGGCUCCACUAAUUAGGUGGGUGGCCCUUUGUUUUCUCAUGUGUGGCCGCCCAGGCGUGCACCUUAGAGGGAACUAUCCACAGACCACCUGAAUGGAGCUCGCAGACCACUGGUGGCCCAUGGACCACAGUUUGAGAACCUCUGCUUUAGGGGAUUCUUGCACAAAUGACUUACCAAAGGUCCCACAGCAAAUUGGUGGCAGAGCUAGAAACAGAACCCACAUCUUCUGACUCAUAGGUUAGCACGCUAACACUGCACCACAUUUCUUCCUUACCCAUUGACUAUUUUUAGUGAUAUGCUGUCAUUAUUUUAAUUAGGGGCUUCCUCGGAAACAUCCCCUUGAGCUUAUGAUCUACAGUGUGCAGGUGGAAUGUCAAAAAUUGAGAUGGAAAAUGGAUGGUCAAAAAUUGAAUGUUAUAAAUGGAGACAGAACAAUCAAAUGUGAAAAAUUGUGUGUGGAAAAUCAAAAAUGUAAAAUUAAAUGUCAAAAAUGGGAGUAUGUAAAAGUGAAUCUAAAAACCUAAGUGUCAAAAAUCAAGAAUGUAAAAUUGUCAGAAAUAUGCAGUGGAAAAUUGAGUGGCAAAUUAUGAAUGAAAAAAUGCACUGUAGGGGAGAGCUAGGCCAUUUGGAUAUUUUAUGGCAGGACUUUCUUACUCCAGGGAAGGCCUUCGCCAGUUAGGUAGAAAGUGCCCUUUAAAAACUGAGCAGCACCCCAAGUUUGGCUGCAUAGGAAUGCAUUCUGGCAGGUUCUCACACCACCACAGCCUGAAUUUGACCUAUAUACAUGGAGGCAUCGUGCUUGGUCUUUGCAAGGAAAAGUGUGUCUGAUGUACUAUUUCAUACUACGUACUAUUUCAAGUCAUGUGAAUGCUCUCAUCCCAGCUGAGGGCUUGUUGACAUGCAGUGGAUUUGAUUUUCAUGUGUACCACCCAGACAUGUCUGUACAGCAGUGGAUGAGUUCUAUGUGUGUUCCACACAGACAUUGCUUGCUGUUGGGAAGCAGUUGAGAACUACUUUUUAGGCAGUUGGAAAUCAGACACACUCUAUCAGUUGAUAGUUUGACAGACAUUUUCACAACAGACACAAGAAAUAAAACACAUCACCUCCCAAGCUGGAACCGUACAGCUGUCUGCAAAGGAACAUCUUUGCUUUUCCUGGAGAACUCUCUGGAGACCAACACCUGCAGGAUUUGAACUCAGGUCAUCUGACCCUGUGGGUGAGAACCAUACUACCUGGCCUCCAGCCACUUGCAGGCUCUGUCUACCUGAGAGGAAGGCUUUUGCCAGUUUCAUACAAACUUUGCCAGCAUCCAAAGUUUCACAAGCUCAAAGUUUCCCAAGUUUUCCAGUUUUCUGCCACAGUCUCGCACCCCAAAGCCUGACCCAGACGCAAAUACCACGGUAACAUCCCUUUUUCAUUUGCAAGGAAAAGCACUGGACGAUGUAUUAUGUCACAGAGAUGGUAGUCACGUGAGUACUCUCAUCCCAGCAGAGGGCUUGCUGAAAUGCAGUAGAUUUUGUUUAUAUGUAUACUGUACAGACGCACCUUUAGAGCAGUGAAUGAGUUUUACACGUCUGCCACAGAGAAAGCAUCACCACCUCUCCUACCUCCAGCUGAAUCCCAAAUAGCAGCUUUGAUGAAACAGAAUCAGACUUUAAUAACAAUUCCAGCCCAUCUCAGCUAACUUAUUCUCUUUUCCCCAGAAAGACAGUUAUUACUAUUUUUGAUACCAUCUAAGAGACUGGGGGUUUUUUCUUCUAAAAUCCCUUUCCAGCUAAAGGGAACAAAGGAUGUUGUUAAAUGAAAGCCUUAUUUAAAAUUACGUUUCAAUUGCUUUGUUGCUUUUUUCCUUAUUUUUAUCUUUAAUAAAAGGCUACAAGAAUUGUU